GCUACGUGUCGCGAGACAAAUCGAGAACGCACAAGCCAGCGAGCGCGCUAGCCAGUUUUGUUUUCCCGUUAGUAAAAAUCCGGGUGUAUUAUGACCACAAUGUCCGGAGGAACCAAUCUGGGGGUCCCGGGCUCGAGCCAAGCACCCUCUUUAACAUCCAUAACCCGUAAAAAAGACAGCAGUCCGUCCGCCAGGUUCUGGGAGAGUCCGGAUACUCUAGUCCAGCUGGAGCUGGUGCGACAGUGGAUCGGGAAGCACUACAAAAAGGUACCGAGGCUAGCUGAGGGGCAGCAGCUGAGGGGCUAGCCGCCCCCUGCUAGCAGCCACGGGCUCCGACUGUAAACAAAUGGUCAUGCUGCAUAACGGUGAUCUGCUGUGGUUUUUGCCAUAUUUAGUAAAUUCAGGGUGUCUGGUCCCUGUUUAAUUCACAUUAAAUGAGGUUCAUGCACAGCCAAGUUCAGGAGGUACAUCAAAACAAAUGCAAUAGUUACAUCAGGAAGAGUAUCAAGGAAAUGCUUCAGGUGAUACUAUUGUGUUGUAUUCAGUUUGAAACGCAGAUCAGUCAUCUCAGUCAGGUUUACUUCUCUGUGUGUUUCAGUAUGUGUUGGUGGAUCCUCCAUCCUGUCAGGCUCUGGCUUCAGUCACCCUGCAGCUCCUGCAGUUUCAAGAAGAAGCCUUUGGCAGACAAGCUGUCAGUCCUGUUCUCACCAAACUGCCUGUGAGUUAUCCUCCUCCACCUCCUUUUCUCAGUGUUAUAAUUUAGGAAUAAGCCUCAAUAAACAAAAAGGUUUCAACAAAGGAUCAUGUCUCUGCAGGCUCAGUGCUUCCUGGACCUGCGGCCGGGUGCUGGACUCUGCCACAUCCUCGGCACUGCCCACAAGUUCAAGGCAGAGCAAGGCUGGUGAGUUAUCUUUUAUCUUCAGUAUUUACCACUGUGUUUCUAGGGCUGGGCGAUAUGUGAAAAAGUUUAUCACAAUAUUUUUUUCUGGGAGGUCUUUGCGCUAGAGAAAGCAGACUGAAUGUUCGGCUGUUUCAGCUGCACAGGCGCCGUGGGCUGCUUGCUCGGGGUUUGUAACCUUUUGCAUUGCGCGUGCUCUGCCGCGUGGCACUGCUUCAGGUGGUGGAAAAGAUUUUAGGUAUUCCCCGACUUUGCGAGAACAUGUACUUGACAUAAUUUACAGUGCACAUUACUCUGCUUCAUCUCAAACCUUGAAAAACCAAAAUACAUCCACACCACCGCCAUUUUCAUGCCAGUGUCAUGCCAGUGUUGUCGACAAUGUCGUUGAGCCGCAGCAACUCCCCUUUUCAUUGGCUAUUUGUAUAGUCUACCAAAACAUGGCAGAAUGCUGACUAUUGAAGAUAUAUUGACCAUGUUUUAAAUUGAUAUUGAGGGAAAUAAAUUUUCGAUGUAUAUCAUUAUUGUUUUAUCGCCCCACCCUAUGUGCACCUUCUACUUUCUCACUCCUCUUCCUUCUCUUUCCAGGCGGAGGUUUGACCUGCAGAAUCCAUCUAGAACUGAGAGGAAUGUUGAGAUGUUUGGAGCUAUAGAGAAAGCACUCGUCCAGGUGAGAAAAAGAAAACUUUUAAUACGCAAACAUCUGCCUUUUCCAUCAGGUCUCACUGAUGAUUAACAUGAUAUGGCGUUUGUUUUUAGAAUAACUGUAUGACUCUCCCUGUGGUGUACCUGGACCCUUCGCUGGAUCAGGAGCUGGCUGGCAGACUUUCAGAUAUUAUCACAAAACACCAGGUAAAAUGCCAAAGAAAAGAGUCCGCAGAUUAAAAUGGAAUGAGAAGGUUUUAAUAGGUAAGAAACAGCUCCGGCAUAUUCAGUUUUAGAGUCUCUGUUCUUCCGCAGGGUUCACUCACUGAGGACCGCACGCUUGCCAGUCAUCACAUCUACCCCUCACCGGCCUCCAAAGAUGAAGGUCAGUCAGAGAUUGGAGUCACAUGGGAGUGUGAAGCAGUCUGGUGAAAAUGUCUUACACACCUCUGACUUGAUACAUUUCCUUGUCACAUCUAUUUUCAGACGAAUGGAUGCGUCCUGUUAUGCGGAAAGACAAACAUGUCUUGGUACAUUGGGGCAUGCACCCUGACAGGUAACGCACAAGCUCACACACACACACACCCACACACACAUACAGGGCAAGAACUAAUGUGUUUCUUGUCAUUUUUGUACAGUUAUGAUAGCUGGCUGUCCUCCAAUGAUGUUGAAGGAGAAGUUGAAGAUCCUCCUCAUUCACAGAAGCCUUGGCAGGUACGUCUCUUAAUUCUUUGUCAUUACAGUUUAAUAACACACUUUUUAUGAUCUUUCCCAAAUGACAAGAGGCAGACACCAGAGUUCAGGAUAUAUAAUGAAAGUACAUGUAAUUCUCGCAAGAAUGGAGCACAAACAAUUCAUCAAGCAGAUACACAGAGGUGGUCCCCCGAUUGUGGGGUUUUAGAGUCUUUUCUCCUCAUCUUCUUGGAUCUUUGUCAUCACUUCCAAUUUAAACAAGUGUCUUUAUUUUUGCACCCUCUAUGCACAUCUUUGAUAGCAUUUUCUCAUCACUACUACAGCAAUUCACGGCUAAUUACACAGGUUGAUGCUUAACUGAACACGACAUCCCAACAUUGGAUCAUGUGUUACAGCAGUCUAUUUAGAGUCAGUUUGUGCCACAAGUUUCAUUAUUUUUUAGACUGAGACAAGGUUUUUGGACUAAAACACCCCAGAAGUAUUGUUUACACUUGGCAAAUCAUGUCUGCAGACACUGCAGGCAGUCUGAGUAGAGCAGUAGUAGAGUAAGCAACAUCAACAUCCCUUUAAAUUAUCAGAGGUAAAACGAUAUGAUGAUAUCUAAGAGUUUGAUGUAUAUUCUGUUAUAUGGAAUAAUGAGAACAGGAGAGUUAUAUAAAUUGCAGCUGGCAUGAAUGUGUCAUAUUUGGACAUCUUGAGCAUGCAGCCUAUUGUAUUUUUCUAUUUCAUGAAUCAAUUCAAAAUCCAUCUGGCAUAUGUUUUUGGCUUGGCUCAGUUAUUUUAAAUUGUGACGUGCAUUGUUAAAUGGUUACAUUUUAAUCAAAUGCAGAAAAACACCACCAUGCUAUCGGCUUUAUUUAUGUCACACAUCACCUGCUCUGUAAACAUUGGCAUUAGUACAGGCCACUGAAAAGUUCACAUCAACUGAGUUAUUUGUGGGAAGUGCAUUGCUGUCUUGCGCUAAUUCUGCAAUGCUCUCAGUCUUUGCAAAUGGAAAUGAGAACCUGUUUUAUUGCACUCAUGCCAGAUCUGAUCACAAGUGGCAACUCACCACACAUAACUGGAGCAAAAUACCAAGGCAUAAGACGGUUCUAUAUAAAGCCUGAAGAUUAUUAUUUAUCUGCUCAAGCAAUUGAACUGAAAUGUUCCUGUGUGUGACACUCAUUUUGUGUUACUGCUGUAGGUGAGCGCUGGCUGGGUUCUGGACACAGAUGUUUUUAAUGAGUGGAUGAACGAGGAGGACUACUGUGUGGAUGAGAGGAAUGUACCCGUUAUUCUCCGUAGACGGAUUCACCUGAGAGAUGACCAGGUUUGUGGGAAACUGUAGAUCUGGAUGGCUUGUGAGGGGGAAUAUGUAUUCAGCUACUAGCUUCUUAUAUCUUGACCUACUUCAUCUAGUAUCUUGACCUACUUAUUGAGAUAUAUGUGACUCAGAUGUUCAUUGUAAUGACUCUCUUCACUUUCAUUUGUACCUCGCAGGAAUCCAAAUCAGCCCCUGUCAAAAAGAGAAGGCGCUCUCCAUCUCCUCCCCCCACGGAGGGCAGGAAGAAAGGAAAGAAGGGGUGAGAAGCAACAGCUGUGCCAAAUAUUUAGUCAUCUUCAUGGUUUUGCAUGUUGGUAUAAGUCUCGACAUUGCCUUCUUGUGUGUGUUUCUGUGCACAGAAGAAGACGUGGACCACAGGAGGAAGAGCCCGAGGAGGAUUUGACUAAAGACAUGGAGGAUCCCACCCCUGUCCCUAACAUGGAGGAAGUUAUCCUACCCAAGAAUGGUAAACACUCAGCCAGAGCAGAGGCAAAGACAAGAAAACAGUCACGUGAAAGUAUUUUUUUCCUGAACUUUGACUUUGUCUCUCCUGAUUUUAGUGAACCUGAAGAAGGACAGUGAGAAUACUCCUGUGAAAGGAGGGACCAUGGCAGAUUUGGGUACAUGUGUUUACAUUUACUCCUGUUAAAAUCAUAUAAGACCGGCCUCGGAUAACCUCUGUUUACUUAUCGUUCUAUUUCCCAUUUUCAGAUGAUCAAGAGGAUGACUUCCCAGGAAGGGUAGACCCUCUUUUUUUAGCUUUAAAAUCUUUCAUCUAGUGAAAGUCUUUCUUGUCAUCUGUUGUUAUUAAAGGCACUUUUUUAUGUUUCUGUGCUUCCAGGACGAUGAGGAUGGGAGACCGGAGAUACCUCCUCGCCUGUCAGAGGCAGAGGAAAGCAUCCCAGAGCAAACCCAUCACAUCAUAAUACCGAGCUACACGUCCUGGUUCAAUAACAACAGGUAGAUCUGCACCUGAACUCAGCUUUCUUAGCCUAACAUUAUAGCUCAAUCACCAACAACCUCUCUGUCUGUGGUUCCCAGCAUUCACUCGAUAGAGAAACGCGCAUUGCCUGAAUUCUUUAAUGGAAAGAACAAGUCCAAGUCUCCAGAAAUGUGAGUACUGCGCAUACCAGACUAUUCAUCUGAUUGAUACAGCACCAUUAAGACCUGAUCUUUCUUGUGCACUGCAGCUACCUGGCAUACCGUAACUUCAUGAUCGACACAUACCGCCUGAACCCCCAGGAGUACCUCAGCUCCACGUCCUGCAGACGCAGCCUCACAGGAGACAUCUGUGCUCUCAUGAGGUACGCUUAAGUGUGUGGGUGUUUGCCACUGUGCAAUGCCUGCUGCAUUUGCUAAAUAAAGUGCAGCAUGUGGGUGUUGGGAUAUAUGAGUCUGUUUUGUAAUUUAAUCUGUUAAUGUGGAGAAGGAGCAUAUGGUAUGUAGGGCGUGUGUGUCUGCAGUAUUUUCAUAUCCGUCUGAGGAGGCGGUUUCUCUGCUGAAAAACAUGAAUAAGUAAAAGUAACGAUCCCCUUUGUGUGCAGGGUUCAUGCCUUUCUGGAGCAGUGGGGUUUGAUUAACUACCAGGUGGAUGCAGAGAGCAGACCCCUCCCUAUGGGACCCCCACCCACCCCUCAUUUCAAUGUACUGGCUGACACACCAACUGGGCUGGCCCCCCUGCAACACAAACCCCUGCAGGUAAAGCACGCACACAUGCAGAGAGAACACAAAGAGCUCUGCACAUUUGUACAUGAAACACGUCUUUGUAACAUCUGACAUUCGUCCUGAUGCGCUCUGGCGCUCGCUCUGUCUUCCACAGGUUUCAGCCUCGCAGCACAUGUUGUAUUUCCCAGAGAAGAGCAGAGAGAAGCCGUCAGACUGCCAGAACUUCGGUCUGCGCUCUGACAUCUACGCCAAGAAACACCCAAAGGUGACACAGCAGAUGUUUGUAAAACUCUUAUACUGACUGUCUGCAUCUUGUUUUGUUGUUUUUUUUUUAAAUUUGCUGUUUUGUUUUACUGUAUACUUAUUUUACUAGACUCUCAUUUCAACAGUUUCUGCAAAAGGUUGUUUCAUUGAAGAAAAAGGUUUAAAUGAAUUCAAUCUGAUGGUGUUUCUCAGACUAAAGGAGCAAGUGCAGGAAGGGAAUGGACAGAGCAAGAGACGCUCUUGCUAUUAGAGGUAAGAAAAUCUGAGAUUAUACACAUGACUCAUAAUCCUACCAUAAAGGGAAUAUUUUAUUUCUAAUUUAUGUAAAUCUUCCACAUUAGCAUGAAAUUUUUCUCAACCUUGUUCAUCGUCAUGUCUCUCUCAGGCCUUGGAGGUCUACAGGGACGACUGGAAUAAAGUCUCUGAACAUGUGGGCUCCAGGACGCAGGACGAAUGUAUCCUCCACUUCCUCCGCCUGCCGAUUGAAGACCCUUACCUGGAAGACUCUUCGGCCUCCCUCGGUCCGCUGGCGUACCAGCCCGUGCCUUUCAGCCAAUCGGAAAACCCCGUCAUGAGCACUGUGGCCUUCCUUGCAUCUGUGGUGGACCCACGGGUGGCAUCAUCUGCUGCUAAAGCUGCACUAGGUGAGAGAACAGAGAGAACAGUGUUAAAUUUUUGUUAGAAAGUGACCUUUUUUAUGGUAGAGGAGACAGUUAACUGUGUGGUCAUUAUGUUUUCAUUUGUCUCCAGAGGAAUUUUCCAGGACGCAGGAAGAAUCAGGGGAUAAGAUCUCGGAAGCAUCAAAUCAGCCUGAAAAAUCAGGUAGGAAUAAAACAUGCUUGUAACAUCGAGCACACAGACUUUAAAUGCAUUUUUAUUCAUUUAUUCUCUCCUCCACUUCUGUUCUUCAGAAUUGAUGGAUGCAGAAAAAACAGACUCAAACUCCUCUUCCCUUCAGGUGAAAAGCGAUUACUGAUCAGAGAUGGUUUUACUAAACUGAGUGCUGAACUCUGAGUCUUACCUUUUGUGUCUGGGUCUGUUUCAGGUCUCUUUAAGAGCAGAUGGGCUCAAGAUAGAACCUAGUGGGGCCAAAGCUGAAGGAGUCAAGAGAGAACACGCUGAAAAUAUUCUCACAGAGGAUAGAGACGGUCUGUAAAAAUGUACCAGGACAUAUUUUUUGUGUUUUUGUGAAUGUGUUUGUUUUCUAUCUUUUAAAAAAAGUUUCCUCUGAUCCAGGAGGGGAUGACGAGGAGAGCGUAGGGCGGCGGGAUGCAGAUGGUGACGAGGGGAGGGUGAUGGAGCAGGAUCUGGUGGAAGCUACCGUUACCACGGCAGCAGCAGCUGCUCUGGCCUCAGCUGCCACUAAGGCUAAGGUAAGCCUGCCCCUCCGCUUUGAGAUGGACCAAUCACAGGAGGGCGAAGAGAAGAAAGGGUUGUUGGUUAGAGGGAAAAAAAGUCUUUUUUCAGUUGUACAGUUAUAUCACAGGCUUCAUCUGUGAGGUCACAGGAGGACUUGGCUUUGCACGUCUUUUAGUGUAUUAAGGAUAAUAGCAAAUAUCCACCAAAGUGGGGAUGGAGGUUAUUCAAAAUGGAUCGGAUGAACAAGCUUUAUGGGAUCAGCAUUUGUUUUUAUUAUAGACGAUACAGGUUUGUUUUUAAUAUCGACGCUAAAGAUCCUGUGAGGAGUUUUUAACAGUUAUGAAAAAGACUGAAAUUAACACUGGUGCUUUUUUAUAGUAUCCAAGAGAAAUCAAGACCAGCAGGUACAUUAUUGAUGUUUUUAUACUGUAAUUUUAGUUGACAGUCGAGCUGCUGAAAAAAAGGUCACAUUUAACAAUUUACUCAAAGAUAUUUACAAGAAAUGACACAUUUGACUGUCAAAAGUCAACAGGAUGAAAUUUUUAUGUCAAAAGGUGCUGUUUGAGCAUUUAGAGAGAAAGAUAUGCAAAGUCUGCUUUGUCCACAGGGGGCGCCAUAAUAGAUCCAAACUGUAAGUUCCUCACAGGAGCUUCAUGUAAUGUGUCUGCUGUCUAUUUCCAGCAUUUCAAAAUACUUAAACGAUCAACAUGCGCUGCCAGUUAUAAAUGCAGAAGCUUUCAUGAAUGUCAACACCGACAAAUAACUUUUGAAGGUAUUAUAAACCUGAAAUCUUCCAUUGAGAAAUAAGAUAAGCUACAACAAAACUCAGAAACUACUAAGGCAUGGAUACAGAGGGAAACUGCAAGUAAAAACAGCUUAGAAAUUUUACAGCAAAUAAGUCUAAAAUAUAUAUAUAUAGAUAUAUAUUUCUGAAUAAACACACCAGAUGAUGCAGUUCUCUUAAAAAGUUAGGGAGAUGCUCGCAGGUAGUAUUUUGUUCCCCCCUCAUUAUGCGUGAAACAAAACUAAACUAGGAAUCCAUGAUGGAUCUGUCACUCUUGUCCUGUCAUGAUUAGUCUUGUCUGAUCAUUUGAGGUAACUCCUGGAAAAAAGCAAAAGGUUUAUCUCUCUAAACAGAAAAUAGUUGGUCAUCUGUCUCUUUGUUUACCGUGAGGCAGACUGAAUUACCAGACUAUAAUUAAACGGAGAAUCAGAGCUGCAGUGGUAUUGAAAACAUUUUACAGCGUGAGCUCUCGCAGUGUUUAACUGCCAAGAAAUUGCCUCCCGAUUACCGUAAUAUCGUCCCGGCUCUAGUUACUGAUGAUUGAUUGGGUUGUUUUCUCUUAUUCAGUCUCCCAAUUUAUUUUCUUUCUCUCUCCUCACCAUGCUUGGUUGCAUCCAAUUUAAUGUACCUUCCUCUCACCUCUUAUCUUCUCCUCCUCUUCCUCAGUUUUCCUACUCCUAUCUCUACCUCUUUCCUAACUGUCAAAUGCACUUACAGCAGAGUUUCACUUUAAUGGAUGUUGUCCUUCCCCCUCUAACUUCUCGGGUCUUUGUGCUCUUCUGUUCGCAGCACUUGGCCGCAGUAGAAGAGAGGAAGAUCAAGUCUCUGGUGGCUCUGCUGGUGGAGACUCAGAUGAAGAAGCUGGAGAUAAAGCUGAGGCACUUUGAGGAGCUGGAGACCAUCAUGGACCGCGAGAAAGAGGCGGUGAGUGGACACAAAUACAGGAGGAUGACAUGAAAGUGAAUUGCAUUAAUUGGUAAAGUUUAUGAAGUGCUGUGUCACUCCACUCUUGUCUUGCCUUUUUUUCAGUUAGAUUGAGUGUUUUCCAUAAAUAUCAGGAUAAUAUCUUGAUUGCAAAAUCAGACGGUGAAUGUCACAUCUCCUAACAGCCCUAAGUAAUGACAUGUUUUACUUCUGAAGAUAUUGUAUCAUUCAAGUAAUCAAUCAGAUCUUAUUUAUAGAGCACUUUUCCUGCAUGGACAUACAACACAAAGUGCUUUACACACAUAAAGGAAGAAAAAAAGGAACAUAGAAAAGCAACUACAAAUAAAGGCCCUCCCUCCUGCCCUUUAUACUACUUGCACAAGCACACACAUGCACACACACACACACACACACACACACACACACACACACAGCCACAGGCGCCUGCACACUCUCACUACUGACAAUAGGGAGAUAUGAUCCAUGGGACAUCCACACUGGGAGGUGUCGCAGGCUUCGCCACAGGGGGCACCAGCGCCCAGGCCCCCCGACCACGACAGACAACAGCCAGCCGGGCUGAAGGGACCCAGGGACAGUGCCCCCAGCAGCAACUCAGACACAGCUCCCAGUGUGGAGGACCCCCUAAGGAAAUACUAGAGUUAAAACUGAAAACUAAAAGAAUAUGAUAGGAUUAAAAAAAAAAAACUGAAAAAAAUUAGUGUGUGUUUACAGUUUAAAAGGAUAAAAGAUAAUAAGUAAAAUAUUACCAAUGAUAAGUAAAACAAAUAAAAUUAUUUAAGGUUAAUAUCAUCUUAAAAAACAAGAUAAAAGCAACAACAUAAAAUAAGAUUGAAUCGCGAAAGUAAGAACAGUCUGAGGGCCUCAGGACCGCAGCACUCUGUUAAUCUCUUUUUGUUUUGCAUGUUCUCCUGAGCAGGUAUGAGUCACACCUGCUGUAUUAAAGUGCAGCAAUCAUCUCAUGGAGCUCCGGGACUUUCUUUCAAUUUAUGCUGAAGGAGAGUCGAAGCUUCAGUAAACACAGUGACAUCUGGUGGCAUUCAAAAUCCAAGACAGCCCUUGAAACGAUAGUCUUAAAUCAACAAUACGUCUCUGUUAUAUUCAGAGUUUUUGUCUUUUUGAGAAAUAAAAGUUCAAGUGGGCACAUGUGCAUUCAGUAUUUACACUCUAGUGGGAGUUUGUUGUGCAAAAAUGUCAACAAAUGCAUCAUCACCAAGUCCUUAUGUUUCUCUCUUCUUAUGCAGAAAACACAAGGUAACCUGUUUGUUUGCACACACCUGUAAACAAAUACUGAAACACAACAGAAGUCAAAUCUUUCCAAAACCUCUACCAUUAAAGUCCAGGAGAGUCGCACAUCUUCCAUCUGUAGCUCUAGUUUGACUUUAAAUUCCUACAACUUGUUGUUUCUGCAGCCUCCACAGGCAGCGGUAUCAUGUCUAGUCACUUACAUGCAUCAUUAAGACUUUGUCCAUGUGUGUCGAGCAGCUGGAGCAGCAGAGGCAGCAGCUUCUGUCAGAGAGACAGACGUUCCACACCGAGCAGCUAAAACAGGCAGAGAUGAAGGUCCGCCAGCAGAGGGAGCAGCAGGGGCAGCCGGGUUACACGGUGCAGCACACAGGUCAGGACUCAAGGCGGCCAGUCAAACAUGGCACACAUACAAAUCAAGGAGUAAAGCUCUCAUUUCAAAUAUGGAAACAGUAUUUCUAUUCUUGUCAUCUGUUUAAUCACUAUGACUGCUUUUGCUUUUACAUUUUUAAACCGUCUUCUCUUUCUUUCAGGCCAGGCCGCGCCAAACCGUAUGAUCGCUGGCGGAGGAAACGCCCAGACAAUGGCCCCCCGACAUCCCGGGGCUCCCAACGGCAUGUGUGAGUCUUCUUUUCUGAGAGCUUCUGUUGUUUUGUGCUUUUUCUAGUCUGAUUCUGUGCAUACCCUGACCUUCUAUUUCUGUUGCAGACCCCUCCUCGCAGCCUGAUGGGAUCGCAGCAGCCCAACCAGGUCCCACUGCGACAAGCCACAGCUGAACCUUGAAGAAAACACACCCACACACAAACACACACGAAAACACAAAAACACAUAACACUGGCAUCAAUGUUCAGGAGCAACUGUUAAAAAUUUGAAGUGUAACUUUCCUGUCGUCCUUUUGUUUAUAGACACACAAGCACAGACACAGUUGAUGUGUAUUUUUGUUGAUGAGCUCGCUCAGUUUUAUCUGUGAAAUGUUUGUGCUCUGAUGUCAGAGUUGAGGAAUCUGAAGAUUAAACUCGGCUCAUUAAACAGUAUCUGAUGUUCUUUUCCA